AAAACUGAGAAUGGUGGAAGCACCUCUCAUACCAAAAGCAGCAGAGUCAUAGGCUCUUGCAGCCUCCUUGGCAGUGUUGAAAGUUCGUUCCAAGCCAUAUCCUCUGUACCCUGUUCCCUGUUUGCUUUGCUUCCUCCUUGUAGAACAAGUAUCUCCGGCAACAUGCAGCUUCCAACUGACCGUAUUAUAGCCCCGAGUUCUUCCCCUCAGGACUCUCAGUUGCUCUCUAACAUGGCAAGUGAUGAAGAUUUUGUGGUCAUUGAAGUUGGAGCAGAACAUGAAGGAAUUACAACACUGCCACAGAUGCAGCAACAAGUGAUGAAUAAUGACUCAGGGGAAAACAUAGCACACAGUAGGAGUUACUCUAGCUUUGCAAGGAAGAAACCAUGGAAGUGCCACCAUGUUUCAAUCAUGGGAGAUGAGUGCAUUGAUGUUGGAAAGAAAGAUGAUCAAUUCUCUUCUCUUCAGCCUAUUAGAAGAUCCUUUUCAAUGGAUUCUGCAAAUGAUAGACAAGUUUACUUAGAUGUUCAAGCCAUUAUUCAGCAAAAUAGGCAUAAUCAGAAUCAUGCUAGUGCCAGUGAAGAUUGUAAUAGCAGAACCAGAAGAUCAUUCUUUCCGUUCCGUUAUUGCCGUGGAUCCAAAAGUGCAAUCAUUCCUCUGGAAAAUGAGGUUUAAUGUAACAUAACCUUUCCUUUUUCCAAAAAAAAAAAAAACUUUACCAUUUUGUCUUUCUGUUUUCUGAAUUUCUAGUCCUUAAUAGUGACAAAAAUGGACAUCGGCACAUGUUAAGUAUUUGCAGAGUUUUAGAAUUAUGGUCAUGUCUUUCUCUGCUUAUCUAAGUUCUAAUUCUGCAA